GUAUAGCCUUUGAAGAAGGCAGAGAGUGAAGUAUGACAGACGAGGCUGCUCUUCAUACGAUAUUCAGCGUUUGGAGAGAUGAAAGAAGACAUUAUGAACUAGAAGAGGACUGAUUUCGUCAUUUAAUGGGACAGGAGAUUAUUUUGGACUGCCUUUAUUUCUUAUUGCACUCAUCAAAUUAUCUGAAUACCUGCCUAGAUUUGUGCUAAACUCAAGGCAGAGCCAGAUAUGGAUUAAAGCACUGACGGCCAAUAAAGACAGAGAGUGGUCGAAGGAGUGUGGCAAUAGAAAUUGGCAAGGAGACUGUCGUCAAAGAAGCCAAAGGUGUCUGCGUGACUACAUCAAGAAAGUUUUUACAGAUUUUAUGACUUGAGAUUUUUAUGUGCAACAGCCACUUUUUGAGGAUGAUGGAGACCUUGUCGCAGAGCUCCAUGCUUGAGUGUCAAAUCUGUUUUAACAACUUUAGCCAAAGGCGCCGUCCCAAGCUCCUGCACUGUCAGCAUACCUGUUGCUCCAUGUGUCUAAGCCAAAUGAGGCUCAGUCAGAGAGAGAUCCGCUGUCCUUGGUGCAGGUGCAUAACACAUCUCCCCAACGGCAUCUCUGUCGCCCAUCUUCCCGAUGACCCGGAAGUGCUCUCGGUCAUCAGUCUCUCUCAGUCCUCGGAGCACACGCCCAUCUUUAUACACUUACCAAACAAUGGCUGCUACCUGCUUCCCGUUCCUCUGGACACAGAUGGGGCGCUUCUCCCUGGAGAUCAGAAAUGCCGUUUUGCCCCCAAAAGUGUUGGUGUGUUAAAUGUCUCGGAUGGGAGGAGCCUGGUGUUGGGGGAGGAGCAGGUUGAGGACAGGAUGGAGGAGGAGGUGGCGGUUCAGACCACGGCGUGGACAGGAGUUUGCACUGUGCUACUUGUGGCAUUUAUUUUAAUUUUUCUACUAGGCAUUGUGUUGCACAACAUGUCCUGUAUGUCCAAACGGUUCACCAUAAUCUCCUGUGGAUGAGAUGGUAGACUGUGGAACAAUUAAGAAAUUAAAUGGAUCGAUGAACUCUUGUAGUUUGAGAUGUCUUGUUUGAUGUUAAAUUGUAAUUAUGUGCAUCAUACAGACCUACAGUACAUGAAAGGAUAUGCUAACUAUAUAUAUAUAUAUAUAUAUAGAGAAUAAGGGAAUAAAAGAAUACUUGACUUCAAGUAGAAGUUAAGGGCACUAUCUAUGCAGACAUAAAGGUUUUUCAAAUGUUAAUGAAAGCACUGAUUUAUUCUUAGCAAUUACUUGGGGAAUUAGUUCAGUUAAUGGGCAGAAAUGUCAUUAAUGAAUCUAGCAGUAUUGGCAAUGUAUUUGCUUGUCUUGUAUGUACAUGAGGGAAACUAGCUUUGAAAAAUCUCAUUUUCCAUAAUCUCUAGUGCUUAACUAGACCUGUGUAUUGUUGACAGUUUGUAAUAGGUUUGUGCAGUUUGUCUGAACUAAAAUACAGCAUACGAUGUUACAAAAUAACAUAGUUCCACUGCCUGAGUGAGUCAUUGUUUUAGGGAUCGUAAUCGAAAUAUACAGUGCGCUUCAGCUAAGCUGUAUAAUAAAAUAUCACAAAUUUAGUGUUUUCAAUGGUAGCAAACUGUAUUGUGUGUGUGUGUGUGUGUGUGUGUGUUUUUUUUUUUUUUUUUGAGUUUGUCCUUGAUUAAACGAUUAAAAACAUGUUAUUAAACAUG